AUGGACGCUUGGACUUUUCUUACCAACAAACUACAACAUAGUCGGAAAGGGCGAGUUCAUCUUAAACGCGUAGCCCUUUCAAUAUUAAUAGGGUUAUGUUUUUUAAUAAUAAUAUCUGAUGCUAAAGUUACUAUAAAUUCGUAUAAUGAAAAUGCAUCAUUAAUGGUAGCUCAAGUUGAUGCUUAUUCUGAUGAUACAAUCUUAAUACUACUUAAAUCUAGUAUAUCAGGGUCAUGUGGAGAUAGUACAUUAUACUUUCGUAUAAUUGCUAAAGAUGGAACUAUUACCAAAUUUAAUUAUAAUAGCAAUAGUACUAUACCAUUGAAUAAUUUUUGUUUUUCAAAUACAACAACCUCUAUACCAAUUUCUCCAAAUGGCCCUGGAGUUGUUAUACCGAGAUCAAAAACUUCAUUAUACAGUACUAUCAAUAUUUAUGCUCUCUCCAGACCAUUUAUCCUUGUAACAUAUUAUUGUAAUUAUCCACAAUCCUAUCAAAUGUUUUUGAUUGAAAUGCUUUAUGUUUUACAAUUUUAUUUACUCAAAGUUCUAGCGUUAUUCAAUCUUGAUCUUUUUAGAAAUACAGAUGGUUCGAUUAUGAUUGGCAUGACUGGUCAAUCUAAUGAAAUUACUAAGAUUACCGAUAUGACGCAAUUUCCAAAAUUUAUAAAUAUUUUUCCUAUUGAGAAUGAUUAUGGAUUGGUUUACACAAAAUAUGUGUCUCAAUCUGGACAAGGAAUAACAAGUCCAUGGCAACUUUAUUUAACUUGGAUUUCUUAUACAGACUCUUCAACUAAAGGAAAUGCUCUUAUCUAUGAAUCGCAGCCCAGUACAAAUACUACUGAUUAUUACUUGUACCAAUGUUCUGUUGCACAGGAAUCAGUUGGAUACAAUUGUUUAGUAUAUAUUAAACGAACCGAUAAAGCUGUAUACGUUAAUAUUAAUUUUCUGUAUUCUGGUUCUGUCGAUAAUGUGAAUGAAAUUAGUAUAAAUUUGCCAGCACCAUAUACUACUGUGAUAGAUGUCGAUAUUUUAUCCUAUGGUGGCUACAUUUUUGUGGCUAAGGACACUACAAAUGCUGCAGACGUUGGCAGUAUUAAAGGGCUUAUAUAUUAUAAUAAUGGGACCCAGUAUGGACCUUGGGAACUUUCUACCAUUAUAUCCGACAUACCGAUCAUUGAUAUUACUCCAAACAACACUGUGUGGACCAUUACUCAAGGCGCAAAUACUAUAAAUAAUGGUUCAAAGAUAAUUAAAAUUGUUACAAAUAUUACAAACUUUAUUGAUCUAAAUAUGCCUUUUUUUUUAAAAAAAAAAGUUGGUUUGCUUGGUUCGGCCUAUGUCACGUAUGUCACACCAGAAACGAACUCGGUCAUUACGCCAUCACUUCAAGAAAUUACUAUAACGUAUAGUGUUCCAGUUUAUAAAUCCACUGGAUCUUUCAAAAUCUGGGAAGUAAACACCAUCGGAGGUGCUGAUUCUUUGCGUGGCGUAAUUCCUGCUUCCAAUGAUAGAGUUAUAAUUAACAAUGAAAAUGUAACUGUAGUGCUGUUAUCAUGCUUUACAAGUAAUGGUCAUAAGAGAUAUUACAUUACAGUAGAUGAUGAUGCAAUGCAAAACAUGCAAAAUCAGAACCUUAUUGGUAUCAAAAAACCUGUGUGGAAUUUUAUUACAUGUGAUGUAAGCGUUAUCAUUCGCCUAACCCAGCAAGGAACUCAAUUUUACCUAGAUUCAUCAUCAAGCGAUCAAUCUAACUUUGUUAAAAACAUGGGUAGUGAUAUUGCCAAAGUUAUUAAUUGUGAUGUCUCGCGUAUUACAAUACCGACACAUUAUCAAUAUAGUAAUGAAAAUAAUACUGAUGACAAAAUUUUUAUGC